CUUCAGCGGAGCACUGUGGAUGCUCUCACACUGGAGUACAGAGCUGCACCGAGGACAGGAGGGAGACACACUGACCAGCGCCGAGGAGCGGGACGGUUGUGGGCUGCCUUUUCUAUUUGGAAGAACAACUUGGGAAUUCCGGUGCGAGGCUGAAACUUCUUCGGGAAAAGGAAGGACGACUUGUCGGGUCAGCAUGGCAUCUCUGAUGAACUCUGCGUGCCUCCUCUUUUUGCCUGUUGCUCUGCUGCUGAUGCUGAGCCCCUGCCCUGUUGCUGCAGCCAGAAGGUGUCACUCCAUCUAUAAGGGUUUCGCUCAGUGUCUGAUGGCUCUGGGUGACAGUCUGACGGACAGUGCCCGCAAGGAUGAAGACACACACGAGAUACACACCAUCUGCAGGUCAUGGGAUGAGUUCCAUGACUGCGCCAACGUAGCAAUGGCCGGCUGUCCAGAAGAAGCGGCGGCUGUCUGGGAAUCUCUCCGCCAGGAAUCCAAGAAGAUGCAGUUCUCCGGAAACUUGUAUGACAUGUGCUCCAACCGCAACAACCACCCGGUGGCUUCAGUCUCCCCGCACGGCUCACCCAAUCAGGAAGAGAUCAACCAGGAGUCUCUAAGAGGGCGCGCAGAUCAUCCGGCAGGCUGCUUCCACCUUCUCGCCCUACUGUCUCCUCUGCUGCUGCUGUUGCUUUGGAUAUAACUACCCUAAAAAAAAUGGGACUAGUGUGAAUAGAUAUAAACUUUGUGUAUUUUUUCUCCCACAAGUCCAUAGACUUUCCACUGUUUCUUUCCUCUGCUCUGCCAGGGGUUGAAUAUUUCUAACUGCAUGUUCAGAGGCCCGGCAGUCUUUUUGAUAAUGUAUCUUUAAACUGCCUGUGCCGUUUCAUGCAUAUUCUCUGCCUCUUAAUUAGUCUCUCUGUUGGACUCACACACACAAUUCAUACAGAGAUACACAACCACGGUGCAUACAGGCCUGCAAACACAUACAUAGUUAAACAGAUGCAUACAGCAGCCUUGUGUCAUCUGUCUUUAUCCCCCAACUCCCUACAUUUAGUUAGUAUGUGCUUGUAUAUGACGGUUCCAGGGGGAGUCUGUCUAACUGACUGUAAUAAGAGAGAAACAAUAAUAUCCUACUUGAUAAAUAUGAAGUGAUGAAGAGGCCAGAUGCCACCAAAAGCAAGAUUUUCCUCAAAAACACCUGUGCCCAACGCACAGUUAAAGACACAGUGAAAUAAACAUACAUUUUCAAAGCUUAUCCGUUCUGCGUUAAUUGUUCGGUUACCUCUUGCUGUCUGUCAAAUAUACAUAAAACAGCAUUUUCAAGUAUUUGAGUGCCUAGCUAAUCCCUACCAUCUACACUUAAAGGACCAGUGUGUAGGAUGUUUAGUGGUAUCUAAUGGUGAUAGCAACUGUAUUUGUUGAUCUAGGAAAGAGAACAGGCUGUGAAGUGUGUAGCAGAAACUAGGGGGCCGGCAAAAUGUGAAAAUUCAAGUCCCCAUCUAGAGCCAGUGUUUGGUUUGUCUGUUCUGGCCUACAAUAGAAACAUAGCGAUUCAACAUGGCAGCCUCCGUAAAGAGGACCCGCUCUUUCUGUAGAUAAAUAUGGCUCAUUCUAAGGUAACAAAAACAUAACAAUUCUUAUUUUCAGGUGAUUAUACACUAAUGAACAGAUACCUAUCAAUAUUAUAUUCAAUUUCUUCCAGUAGAUCCACCUAAAUGCUACACACUGGACCUUUAACUGCACUUUGUAUUAGCUCAUGAGUUGAAGCCUAGUAGCUGAGAGGGGUGAGCGAUUGGAUAUCAGUUGGCAAAAACGUUUACAUUUUUAUUUCCAAAAGUGCGUGGUUACAGUGUAAUUUAGUCAUUUUUCCUUUGUCACUUCCUGAUCUAACAACAUGGAUUAACACAUUGUGGGUGCAGCUCCAAAUCACCAUGCUUCUCCAGACACUCCAUGCUUGCUAAGCCACACUCACUUUUUCAAUCACUCCCCAAAUUAGAGCAAAUCCCUACCUGCAUUUUUCUGAGUGAGAAGUACAUCACAUUACAGAAGCUUAAGUGACAUUUCACUGGGUCCUUAAUGAUUUUGAUUGCUAUCAAACAAAAAAGGUCUUGAAGAGCCAUUAUUGGUUGUUUAAAUCUCACAAAUCAAAGUACAAAUGCAGUUUGGAGUUCAGUCUGUUUUUUGAGACUAGAGGGUUUUUUAAAUUCUCCCUUCAAGGAUUAAUAUUAACUAAAUUUAGUUUCUCCCAAGAAUCCUGGCUCAGUAUAAUGUACAAAUACUAACGUAAUUUGGGGUAUCACUAGAAAAAGCUCAAGGCCCUAGAACAAAAAAUGGAUUAGGACUUCCGCCAACUGCUGACAACUCUCCUCCAAAUAAAAAAACUAUUGGGUGCUCAAAAAGACGUACAUUGUCUCCCUGAGUACAAGUUCUUAGCUAUGGCAUGUACAGAACUGUAAAUUGGCUACGGGGGUACAGAUAUGUCUGUAACUGCUUUGGGAUGCAGUAACAUUGUUUUGGAUGGUAUGAAAAUUAGUUUUUUUAGCUGUGUUUGAGAAACAACAUCAUCUAAGGGAAUCUAAAAUAUCAAUGUCAUCAAGCUGGGAAUAAGGGCUCUUGCAAUUUGUCUUCAUACUGAAUAUGUACUGUCGCCCCAUAGGAUCAAAUAAGGCCACAAAAACUGAAUAAAUUAAAGGCGAUGAAGGCACAUUUGCAUUCAGUCUCAACUGCAGUACUGGAAAAUUCUCUGAAGUCCUUUGAACUCUAAAAUUAGACUCUCUAGAAAACUAGACCAUAUAUAAGUAAAUUAGAUGUAAAGGUCCAGUGUGUGGGCUUCAGUGGCAUCUAGCAGUGUAGUCUCAGAAUGAAACCCCCCUUGCUUUACCCCCCAACCCAAGCACGAAGGAGAAACUACGGGGGCCCAAAAACAUGUGAAAAACGUCAACGCUCCUGUCUACAGUCAGUUUGUCCACACUGAGCUACUGUGGAAACAUGGUGGUCGGUAGAUAAAAGGUAAUUAUACACUUAUGAAAGCAUACCUAUAAAUAUUAUUUUCCAGUUCUGCCAAUAGAUCCUCCUAAAUGUUUCAUACUGGACCUUUAAGAAAAGUAUAUCUUUUUUGAAGAAAUAUAUUUACUGAGAGACAAAAAUAUAGAUAGAGAAAACAUAGAACAUACAAUUUUUAUUCUUUUAUUCUGAAAAUUACAUUGCGCAAAAAUGUUUCUUAUUUCCCGAAAAAGCAUAACAGCUUCCUCUGAAGCUGCUGCAGCAACAUGAGUUGUGAGCUAGUUAAAGUGAAGUGCACUUGAGUUGUUUUUAUUUGGUGCUUUACCAGGAAUGAAAUCCUCUGGGGCCCCUCCUUGGCAUCCUGCACUGUACCCUUACAGUAUGGGACCAAUAUGUUCUCCAGUCAGAAUCAAGAUCCUCUUGCAUGCCAAGUGUAUUUCAUGCUCCAGGAGUCGUAGUUUGGCCCUGCAGGCCCGCUGAAGCUGCUUGUUAUUCUAAGUGGCUGUGGGUAACAGUUGUUUCUGUCUGGCCCAGGAUCAGAAAUACUAUCAGAUUAGAGACAGACUGAGAGAGAGAGAUGAGUACACCUGGAAAACAAACACCAUUCUGCCUAGUUGAAGAUUGAAUCCACCUGUCUAGCAGCGAGUGUUUUACACAGGGGGCUUUAGAUUGUAGUUUUACUUUUUUUUCUUCAUAUAAAAUGAAUCAAAGCUGGGCCGACUUUAAAGAGUUGUGCUAGAAUGUGAAAAAGCACAAAACAAAAUGCUUAAAGGCUGCAACAAUACGCACCCUUUAUGAGAAGUGGAAAUAAAUAAAAAUGUAUUUGACAAAGAGAUCCAAAGUGUUUCACCACAACUGAUUGAGCCUGUCUACCUUGCCAGUGGCAAGUUCGUUAGACACACCUACAGAGCUGUGUUAAACAGAGGUAUGGCAAGUGGAUCUGGAGACGUAUCUGAUUUGGUUUGUGACCUCAAUGUCAAAAGUGGAAUUCAUUUAUUAUAUUCCAUUUAUUUAAAUAUGUCGUUAUUUUUGUCACACAGAAGCUCUGAGAGAAAUAAAGCUUUGACCAAUUUUACAUCUUGACCCCGGAUUUAAAUGACUGGGAUGUCGAGAAUAAACCCUGGAGCUGAUUGGCAGAGGCUAAAGGAACUGAGCAGAAAUAAAGAGAGGACUCUUACAAAAUGAAAAAAUAAAAACCUCCAAUCAGCCCACAGCUAUUUCUUUACAUAAGGGACUUAGCCCAGAGAUAUGCUUGGAUGGUUUAAAGAAGCUGCUGUAGUUUUGAACUUUAAUUAAACUGACAGAAUUAGCAAUUAGAGGCCUCAGUGGCUGAUUCACCAAGGUGCAGCAAUUUGAAAGCAAUCUCCGCAGAGCUCAGAUAAGAUGCUGUCACUUGAGGCUAAAUCUGAGAAAACCAUAAACUUGAGGCUACAUAGGAAAAUCAGAUUGGAUGUGCUUGUAUAAAUACAGGCCUAUAGCGGGUUCAGUCAUCAUAACCUCACCGAUAGCUUUGUUUUUAUGGGAAAAUAACUGCUUCAGAUUAGAUUUUAAUGUCUGCUUUGCGCAGAGGUACUCUAAAACACGAAAAAAAACCUCACAAAAUCUCUUUUAUGAGAAGAUAUGUUUCAUGUAAGGCAGGUGGACAAAUGCAAUUUGGUGGUGGUUUUCAAUAACGCUGUGGGGUAAUGCAACGUUAUUGACCAGAGCAGAGCAGGGAAUUAUUUUCCAGCACUGCGUUUGGGACUGUACAUCUCUUCGCCUCCAGCAAAAGCUUGGUGCUCAGACAAAUAGGUUAAAUUGGACAGAAACGACUACAGGAGAAAGGGAAACAUUCUUAAACACCAAUACAUCAUUGUCACAUUAAUGGUCCAGUAUAUUUGGUGUUAUGACUGCAAACAAAUGCCAGAGACGAUUGGUAGCCUCUGUAUCAUGCAGUUGUUAGCCCUAAUGCUCCUUCACAUGAAGACAUUUUACAUAAACCCUCUGCUUCAUGUCACAACAAAGAUGUUGCGACUUGCAGUUUCUCCCUCCUCCGCAAGACUCUUAGUUUGCUCUUUCUCUACGGGAUAGGAUAAAUAUGUUUACGGCUGGGGUUUGAUAGCAUUUUAUUGAAUUCAAGACCUUUCAAAUCCCUUAUCAAAGAUGCCGAUUCCUGAAAUUCAAAGUGACAGUGUCUGUGACAAAGUUUUGGUCACGCUAAGCUGCAAAAACACAGUCCACUGGCAGUCAUGGUCUUACAGAGUGGUGUUUCUUUUGGAGAUACGUAAAGAAUAAAAAUCAAAGAGGUGCCAGUACCUUCAUUCAGCACAACCCUAACCCUAAACACAACAUAACCCUAAUUCUUCAGCAGCAGCAAAUUUAUUUUAAGGACAUUUUCAGUGCUUAGUGUCAAGCCAGCUACGUGUUUACAUGGAGACACAGUUACACAGGCCUUUGGGAGUACCUCACCAGCAUUGCUGUAUGCAGGGUUUUAGAAAUAAUGAGGUCCAAAAACUGUACUUGCUGGGGGGGUUUGGGGGCAUCAAAGUAAUUCUUUUUAGGCAAUUAUUUCCCAACUUUUAUUGUAUACCACUCAAAAAAAUGGAGGUCCAGUGACCUCAGUGGUGGGUACAGCGAUGCUCACCAGUAAGAGUACUCAUGUGGACAAAUAACAGUAGUGGCGGUACUUAGUACCAGUGAGUACUGGUCCAUUUCAGACACUGCAUAAGUCUAAUAUUUCCCCAAAUGUUGGACACUUACUUUAAAGCACAUAAUACCUUAUUGCAGUGGUCAAACCAACAGAGAGAAGAGGAGUCACUAAGAGGACAUCAAAUAUUCUGUCCAUUUGCCGACUAACAGCACUCUCGCCAGCAACUUCGAGUGUGAACAAACACAAGUUAGGCUGGGAGAGAGCCGUGGCAGAUGGCAAUAGUGAAAAAUGCAUGACAUUUUGACCAGAGGGUCUGAGUUGAACAGCAAGGAUUAGACUAGAGACACAACAGACAGACACACUCUCACCUGGGAACCAGAUUCAUAUACUCGCCCACAGCAAGUGGCUGCAAAGGACAGUGUUUUCAGACUAAAACCUCAAACUUGCGACCUCCCAGUUUUAAUAACUGAUAAGACAAAAGAGAAAUGACUAGAGGCUAAAAAAACUUGGGAAAGUACAAGAUAAGUAUGGCCCUGACCUGUGUACUUCAUUGAAGAUGCAUUUUGUGAAGACUGAAGAGGGUGAUGAUAGUAAAUAAUUCUAAAAAGUAGUUAAAUACAUCUAAAUGCCUCCUCACUCUGUCACACACACACACACACACACACACACACACACACACACACACACACACACACACACACACACACACACACUCACUCAGAUGGAUUGAAACAGCUAUUUUUAAAUGUGGGAAGUCAAAUCAUUGUUUUGUUACAAGAAACAAAAAGACUGACAAUGAGUUGGGUCACAUCACUGUGUAUAGUGUGAAUAAUUGCAGCUCUAUGAAUAUCAAUGUACUGUAUAUAGCAGUAAUAUAUUUCAUAUGUGUAUAGAUAAUGUCCUAUAUGCCCUGCAAGUGCUACUUUUAAAGCUUUAACAUUUUCUAUUAGUUGUGCUUUACACCUUAUCCUCAUUAUUCAUAGCCCCAUGAUGCCCUGCAUGAAGUAUGGGCUCAAACUCCUUUCACUGAACUGUAAGCUGCGAGGAUUAGCAAAAUGCUAAAGAUGUGAAAAAAAGGAAAAAGUUCAGUGAACGAAGCCCCUUAUAGAGAACUAAAGUGAAACUUUUUGAAACAGAAGUCACAACACAUCAUUCAAAAUCCCAUCAACAUUUUUAACUACGCUCGCAACUACAGAUCCAGCCCUGGAACACAGCCUUUCUCAACAGUCAUGUUGUCAUUUCUGUUUUUUAGCAGCAUUAAACAAACACCAUUACCCACAAUCCGCAGAAUGUUACGAACUAAAAAUCACGGCUCAACAAAAGACGAAAGUCCUCAGUUGAGAAGAGAGCUUUGAAGAAUUUUAUGGCUAUGAAUAAAACCAAGUUACAGUGACAUGAAUAUUCACCAGAUGUGAAGUGACACUUUGGUUCUAAUCCACACAUGGUAUCAUGGGGCUAGGAAUAAGGUGUAUUGGUUGAGUAGAAUAAACAUACUGUGUUGUUUAAAAUGACUAGUCUAACAGCAAUCUAAAUCCUGUCACAUACUGGAUUUCCACCUUAAGUCAAAUGCACAGUAAACUGAAAAAAAACCCCAAAAAACAACUCAACAUAAACUCUAUAGAGAAAUAUAUAACUGGAUUGUUUGUCCCUUUCUCACUAUGUAUCGCAGAUGGUGAUUGUUUGUCUUUGUUCAAGGUUGUGUGCAAGUGUGUGUGCGUGAGAGAGAGAGAGAUCAAAUAUCUCACUGUGGUGUAAAUUAGCUUGUUGAAUUAAUCAUUCAUCCACACAACAUGCUGUACAUUUCAUUGUUACUGAUUAAACCCCUCUUCUCUGCCGCUUUCCGACCCAAAUGUCGCUCCCUAAAUGUGUUUGUUUGCAGAAGUAGCAUGCAGUACUGAACGUUCUUUGCUUUAUGUGUGAGAAACAGAGUAGCAGGACUAAAGCCAUUGUGUACAUGUACGACCCUGUGACACAUAUGGUAAACUCCAUACAUACAUCACACACCUACAAUAUGUGAAGCUGAGAGAUGAAAAAAUCCGGUCUGGCUUUAAAGUGGCGUUGCUGUUGCUGCUUCUGGCUUCUCAUCAAACAGAAUGGAGAUCCAAACAUCUGGGAUCAUGGAUGAAGGAUGGACAUUUCCAGGGAUGAAAGCAUGAAGCUACAGAACUGAAGCUCUGUGCACAUAUAGAUAACAUAGCUGUACUUUUCUGUGGACAUAAACAAAAGCUCUGCAUUGUAUAUCAAUACAUUCAGUGAAGAAUCUUUUCAAAUGGUGCAGACUCAGCAUUUUCUGCUCUCCAAAAGAACUUUUGAAGAAUUUCUGUAUUUGUCCUUGGCUGUUUUUCCGUUAUGUCUGCUUUUCUCCAACCUUUUCUCUUUGCUUCCUUUGUUUCUUUGCCCUUCGUGUCCAUCAAUCUCUCUGCUCCUCUUACAGGUAUUUUCUCUGUCCCUCCAUCCUUCUAUCCAUCCAUAUGUAGUAGGUUUUGCUACCUUUAUAGAAAAUCAUUAAACUGGUGCUGAAUGAC